AUGGCUUCGAAAACUUAUGAUCUCAUAUUAUAUCUUGAAGUGCUCGAUCCGGUCCACGAGGCACUGUCCGCCGAGUCUAGGAAACAGAGGAGAAUGAUCUUUGUCAAGCAUUUUGAUGUUUUAAAUCAGAAAUUAGGUGGGAUCGGUCACUUUUAUGUUGAGAAUCAAGGGACAGCAAACUUGGCCACUCUCAUCAGGACUCGUAUAAACCUCCCCCAAAAUGCGCAUCUAUUACUUUACAAGGAGGCGACAGGGUCUGAGAACACAAACCUGGAGAAUUUUACGUCUAGCUACACGUAUGGCGAUCUCAAUGAUGGGGACAUCUUUUGCUUUCAGGUUGAACCUUCCGAACAACAGCUUGCCGAGUUGAAAAGAAAGAAGCUCCACGCCGAUAUAGUGGAAUUUUACGAGUUUUUGGAAAACCGAGUUAUGGUUCAUUUUAAACCUCGCCAUAGUGCCAUGGAUUCGACUAUCGAGUUUUCCUUGGUUCUCAGCGAGAAAUCUACGUAUGAUCAGAUGACCAAAGAAGUCUCAGCAAAACUGAAUCACAGUCCCGAACACAUCCGAUUCACCGGUAGUCUCAAAGGUAUUCCCGAGAGCGUUAUUCAUCGACAGCGUGUACUUAGCACCUCCUGGCCAAUUACCCAAGAAGUCAUCACUGUGACUGACAUGAUCAAGUCAGCAAAGGACGAUUCGAGCUACAGUAGCAGCGAAUGGAAUAACAUCUUAUUUUAUGAACUAUUGGAUCCGCCGACUGGAGAGGCUGAACAGAAGCGGAUGGUGAAAGUAACCUGGACAGGUGCUGCAGACCGGGAAGAAGGGAAAUACUCACUCUUGAUGCCAAUGACUUCAACGAUGAAUGCCGUAGCUGAUAAACUUUCGACGAUGGUCACAUUUUCAAAAAACUCAUCUCGAAAAAUCAAGCUGUUUACCAUCCAAGAUGGCAAAGCUCAAGCACCGUUCACGGGGGAAGAAAUCCUGAAAGACGUGUCUGAGUUCGAAAAUAUCUAUGCCGCAGAAGUCAGCACGCUGACGGUGAAACAGUACGACCCAGCAGCGAUGCUCAAGAUGCUUGAAUUUGUUACAAAGCUGGACGUGGAUGGAAGCAAUUACGAAGAAUGGCUCACGGUGCUGGAGAGUGUUUUGGGAAUGGCUACCGGGAAGGCAGAAAUCUUGACUUCGCCAGGACACACGAUAAGCGCCGCAGAGGAUCUCAUGAUCAAACAAGCGAUCACGGCUUCGGUUGACAAUGCGCUUCUGCUAACUGUUCUCAAAGCUAAAUCUGGAAUGUUGGCCUUUGCUAAGAUUCAGAAACUCUAUACGUUGAAGAGCCGAAGUGGGCACAUCAGGUUGAUGAAAGAGCUCUUGCGAACGAAAUUUGACUUGCAUGACAGGACGGCCGAGAUCGAUAGUCAUUUCCGGAAGGUCGAAACUCUAGUCGACACACUAUUCGUAUCAGGUUUUGAGCUCACUCAGGAAUCCUUCAAAGGCCUCCUUUUUCAUCUUUCGCUCCCCGAACUUGAUAGACCACCUUUUGUGAACAUCUGCAAAAGGAUCGACGAACGGCCCGGAGGUGCCAGUACUGUCUCCAAUAAGGAAUUGGUUCAAAUUGCCAAGGCUGAAUUAGCCCACUUUCGUCAGCGUCGCCAAAGCACUCUGAGCGGACCUAACAAGUCAAAGUCAACGGUAAAAGCUGCAACGUCAAAUACUGAAAUGAAAAGUAAUGACCAGGUUCCAGAAUGA